ACUUUCCUUGGAAGGGCAAAAACCAACAGUAGGUUCUUCUCUGAGAGGGUCAGUAUCGGAAGAGAAGAAGAACCCUCCUUCUAUUCCUCUCUCAUCAGAUUUCAAAUGGACAGGAACCGUAGAUGAGACAUCAUCAGGCAGAGGAGAGCCGUGGGAUCGAAUCCCACAUCAAUAUCAAUGGCUGGACAGACACAUCAACAACAAGACGGGUUCGUCGAAGCCGACAACGCCGAAGCCAUCAUCGCCAGAAUCGAACACAAAUCCCGCAAAAUCGAAACCCUACUCAAGCAGUCUAAACCGGUCGAAGCCCUCAAAACCGCUCUCGAAGGAUCUCCUCCGAAGACCCGAGAUGAGAGAUGCAAGUCAGCAAAUUGGAUAGUGGUGCAUCGGGCGAUGAUGGCCAUCAAAGAUGUGGAUGGGAUGUUCUCCUCAUUGGAUCCGGAAUACUACGACAUCCUCAUGAAGGAUUCAUCCUCCAAAGAAUGGUAUGGGGUAUGGACUGAUCCGCCUUCAUUACUUGGGGCAUGGACUUUAGAAGGUGACAGCAGUAUGUAGCGAUCUCAGAAAUGACUCACCACUGUAGUGAGGAAUAAGCUUGGACUUUCAUUCCAAAGAUGUUUUGAAAGAAAAUGACACGCUUUUCUAUAAACAGGAUGGAGGAAUUGAAUGAUGUAGGAAUGUAGGGCAACGUUAGUUUAAGAAUGAAGGCUGUAUAUUACAUGGGUAUUAAAUUGUGCUGGAGCAGGAGCUUGAUCACAUUUCUACUUGCUGAGGUUCUUGUAUGGACUUCAAUGUUGUUAAUUGACUUUUGGUGUCUGUAUUUCAGGGUUUCAUCUGAGGGGUCUGUUUUGUUAGGGUUUGACCACUAGAAAUCUUCUGUGAUUUCUGUGGUAGUUAUAGGCAGAUUGCAGGUGAACUUUGGAUGGAAAAUUGGAUUUUAUGUCUUGUUUCUAAUGCAUUGGCAUAAAUCUGGCAGUGAUGCAGAAUGUAUCA